CGGGAAAGCAGGGUUUCUAUCGCCAGAUGAGGGACAACUCUGUCCGGCUUAAGAGCUAGCAUGGAAGCUUAGUGGAAUAAUUGAAUUUGGUUUAGUCGUUUUUCGUUUUUGGAUUCAGAAACCAAAAACGGAGAAUAUCACUACGUAAUUUUUAUUUAACCAAGCCUGUCUCAAAUAGCCUACAUGUCUGGCAUUUGUAACAGACCUACCUCUAUUGACAUAGCCUAGCCUACAUAAGGAGGAGGCACUGCUACUCCGUCCCAAUAAGGCGGCCGCGUCGACGUAUUGCUCCUAUGAACAGCAGCGACCAAGCGUUUAUCUGCGCAUAUACUUUCCAGUUUGUUUUGCACCUCACUUGGGUUUUCUCAUCCUCCACUCCAGCGAGACAUCAACCGGAAUGGAGUCAACAGAAGCUUCCGUGACAUUUCAGUUGGGAUGGCCUCAAAUGCACCACUUGUUUGCUCUACUUUGUCUUGUUGCCGUCGUCAAAUUAACAAUGUUGCUCGCCGAAAGAAGGGAUGCGUUUCGAAACAUUGAAACUUUUCCAGGACCACCUGCACACUGGCUUUUUGGACACGUGAAGGAGUUUAAACAAGAUGGGACAGACUUAGAGAAGUUUGUGAAAUGGGGACAAAAGUAUCCUUAUGCUUUCCCAUUGUGGUUUGGACCCUUUGUCUGUUUCAUUAACAUUCACCAUCCGGAUUAUGUGAAAACGAUACUGACAUCAACAGAGCCAAAAGAUGAUUUGUCAUAUAGGUUUAUGGAGUCAUGGAUUGGCGAAGGCUUAUUAGUGUCAAAAGGUCAGAAGUGGUUUCGGCACAGAAGGCUCUUGACCCCAGGUUUCCAUUAUGAUGUUUUGAAACCAUACAUAAAACUGGUGUCAGACUCUGCAAAAACUAUGCUGGACAAAUGGGAAAGUUAUGCAAACACCAAUGAGUCCUUUGAAUUGUUUAAUCACGUGAGCCUUAUGACACUAGACAGCAUCUUGAAAUGUGCCUUCAGCGACAACAGUAACUGUCAGACCGAGAGUGGAACAAAUGCAUACAUCAAAGCAGUGUAUGAGCUCAGUGAUCUGAUUAACCUGCGGUUCAGGACGUUUCCAUACCACAAUGAUCUUAUUUUCUACCUCAGCCCACAUGGCUUUAGAUACAGAAAAGUACGCAAAGUGGCUUGCAGUCAUACAGAGGAAGUCAUAAGAAAGAGGAAAGAAGCACUCAAGGAGGAGAAGGAGCUGGACCGGGUACAGGCCAGGAGGAACUUGGACUUUCUGGACAUCCUUCUCUUAGCAAGAGAUGAGAAGCAGCAGGGUCUGUCGGAUGAAGAUCUACGAGCAGAAGUGGACACCUUCAUGUUUGAGGGCCAUGACACCACAGCCAGUGGCAUUUCUUUUAUCUUCUACGCUCUGGCCUGCCACCCAGAACACCAGAAGAUUUGCAGGGAGGAGAUCAUUCAAGCCCUGGAUGGGAAGGACACCAUGGAGUGGGACGAUCUCAGUAAAAUUCCAUACACAACGAUGUGCAUCAAAGAAUCCCUCCGCCUUUACCCUCCUGUACCAGGAAUGUCCAGAAAGAUCACCAAACCCAUGACAUUUUUUGAUGGAAGGACUUUGCCAAAAGGAAGUCUAAUUGGAACGAGUGUGUAUGGGAUUCACAGGAAUGCAGCUGUCUGGGAAAACCCUAAUGUCUUUGACCCACUGCGUUUCCUACCAGAGAAUGUUUCCACAAGGUCCCCUCAUGCAUUCGUGCCCUUCUCUGCUGGGCCAAGAAACUGCAUUGGUCAGACCUUUGCCAUGAAUGAGCUGAAAGUGGCAACCGCCCUGACACUGAAGCGAUACCAGCUGAUAGAGGACCCCGCUCACAAACCCAUGUUAAUUCCUAGACUGGUGCUUCGCUCACUCAAUGGCAUCCACAUCAAGAUCCAACCUGUAGACCCACAGGAGUAAAGGGAAAUAAGAAGUUGCAUUUGUAUUUUAGAAUAAUUUUCUCACACAAACAAUUUGAGUGUUGCACUUUAUAUGUGAAAAGGGAAUAUGACCUAUAUCAGUGAUAUUUCGUUUAUUUGUAAAUGCAUUAUCAACUAUAUUUAGUGGUUCUGUUUUAGUAGUGGUUGAUGGCUGUUAAGACCAGGUCAAACCUGAGCAUUUUAAUAGAGCCCAUUAACAUUUUUGUCUGCCUUUUUUGUGUUCAUGAAAAAGGUGGUGUGAACUUUUACACACUAGUCUUUGUUCAGUAUUGUCAAAGUUCCAUAAUUUCUAUAAACCGUACUUACACAUUAA